AUUUGCUUUUGUCCCGAAGGACGUGUUGGGUGCGUGAGAAUUUGACGGCAAGGAUUGUGUGCAUCGAGGUAGGGAUGGCAUUGUCUGAAAAAAGUCUGGUGAGUGUUGUGAUUCAUGACAUGCUUAACAGAAGGCUCUGCGGAUGGGAGUUGGAUACGACUUUUGCUUCCUCAUUAUCUUCUCGAUGGGUCGCGACGAGUUCACUAUCUGCUGCAUUUCCGGUGGUACUUCUUCCUCUUGCAUUUGUGGGCGUGCAUACAGCGUCUUUUCCUUUUCCUUUUCCUUUUCCUUUUUUUUCGUUUUCCUCUUUUCAGCUUUCUUGACGAUUUAUGGUCAUGCGCUCUUGGGGUUGCACUCUGCGGACUACGACGUUGUAUGAAUGUCCACACUGGAAACACUGAUCACGUCUCUUCCUUUAUACAUUGGAUAUCGUACAAAUCGCCUUUUGGCCAUGUGCUUUGCCGACUUCGCACAUUCAUCCUCUGAAUCCAACCCGGCACAUCUCUUCGCUCUUCCUC